UUUGCAGCGGUAUAACCAGACCACAGCGUUCAUUCCAGUUUAGUAUUGGAUUUAUAAACACCAGCAUUAAUAUGUUGUUGUGCAUUUCAAUCGAAGUCGCGUUAUUCUGAUCAUUUAUUUCGGCUGUAAGCAUACCGCGACAGUAUAAUUUAGGCAGAUUGUUGGAGAGGUUCGGCACAUCUCGAGUUGUAGGAGAAUGUGGAUUUUAUUGACUUGGGAAGCAGGUCUCUUUGAAAAGAGAUGCCGUUUCUUGCAAUAUGCAUAAGGCAUCAUACAUAUUUCGAUGACUAUUAAAUAUUGAUUAAAGAUUUUAUUUUAGUUUCAAAGGAAGCUCAUGCUGCUAAAUAUAUGUAUUUUAUAAAUGUAAAACAGUGCUAUUUAUUUUCGAUUGCAAAACAUUAAAGCUCAGACUAGUGCAGAAAAAAGAGAGAUCCGGUUGAAAAUGAAAGAGGAUUUGAUUUUGCAGCCAGUGAAAAGAGAUUAAGCCGACAGCAGUGGAAGUUAAAUUGUGCUGCAUUUAAAAAAAUGGGCGGAUUGGUCUUUAGAUGAGAGAUUGGUACCACCUUCUAUUCUAAAAUAAAAUCUCCUUGGCAUGAAGUCACAGCCUAUUUCACAUCCGGUUUACCAGGGACAUAUUACUAUUGUCUAGGUAAAGAAACAGCUUUAUUUAGCUGCAAUCUCCGUAUUUCGAGUAGAUUUUGCGUUUAGAUGACCAAUUUACGGAGACCGGGAAGAGUUUAACUCCCCAGACCGAGGAAUAGUGAGCUCGACCUGCGCAAACUGAGCAUCAUCACCCGCUGCUCGACUUGAGCCUCCAGCUAAAAUCCAGCAGAUCAGAGAUCUAUGAGGAUUGUUCUCAUCGAAACCGUGUAGAAAGGUAUCUGUAAAAGUUUUAGUCAACGAUUCAGUUUGUGGCUAUUGGUCAUUACUGUAAGACUUUUAAAUUUCAGUUAACAGAGCCUACCAUGGGGAGAGCUGCUAUGUUCAGUCACUGCACAUGGGCCUGUCUGCUGUUAUUACAUGUGCUCUCUGGAAAAAGUCAUGGGCAGACACCCAAUCUCGAAGAUGUAAAGGACAACACCACAGUGUUUACAAGGAUCCUGGAUAGUCUUUUGGAUGGAUAUGACAACCGCCUGAGACCCGGGCUUGGAGAGCGCAUAACUGAAGUGAAAACUGACAUCUUUGUCACGAGUAUUGGUCCUGUCUCAGACCAUGACAUGGAAUACACAAUUGAUGUCUUCUUUCGCCAAAGCUGGAGAGAUGAGAGAUUAAAAUUCAAGGGUCCGAUGACAGUUCUCCGUUUAAACAACCUUAUGGCCAGCAAAAUCUGGACGCCAGAUACAUUCUUUCACAACGGGAAAAAAUCUGUGGCUCAUAACAUGACAAUGCCCAAUAAACUGCUGCGUAUCACAGAGGACGGAACACUUCUAUACACAAUGCGCUUGACUGUGAGGGCAGAAUGCCCGAUGCAUUUGGAAGACUUCCCUAUGGAUGCUCAUGCCUGUCCUCUGAAGUUUGGCAGCUAUGCCUACACUCGUGCAGAGGUUGUAUACAUAUGGACACGAGGUGCAGCACAGUCAGUAGUUGUAGCUGACGAUGGUUCACGACUUAACCAGUAUGACUUGCUGGGACAAACUGUCGACUCUGGGAUUGUCCAGUCCAGCACAGGAGAGUAUGUUGUCAUGACUACACACUUUCAUUUGAAGAGGAAGAUUGGUUACUUCGUCAUUCAGACCUAUUUACCCUGUAUAAUGACAGUGAUUCUAUCCCAAGUCUCAUUUUGGCUCAACAGAGAAUCUGUUCCUGCAAGAACUGUAUUUGGAGUAACCACUGUGCUUACCAUGACCACACUGAGUAUCAGUGCUAGGAACUCUCUUCCCAAGGUGGCUUAUGCCACAGCCAUGGACUGGUUCAUUGCAGUCUGCUAUGCGUUUGUGUUCUCUGCUCUUAUUGAGUUUGCUACAGUGAAUUAUUUCACAAAGAGAGGCUACGCCUGGGAUGGGAAAAGCGUUGUGCCUGAAAAGCCAAAGAAGAAAAAAGAAUCCCUCAUCAAGAAAAACAACACGUACACAGCAAGUGCAUCAAACUAUGCUCCGAACAUUGCCAGAGACCCUGGUUUGGCAACCAUUGCAAAAAGUGCUGCUCCCACUGACUCUAAAGAAGGAGAACCAAAACCCAAGCCUCCAGAAGCCAAGAAAACCUUUAACAGUGUGAGCAAAAUUGACCGGAUGUCCAGAAUAUGCUUCCCUCUGCUCUUUGGAACCUUUAAUUUAGUCUACUGGGCAACCUAUUUAAAUAGGGAGCCAGCAAUCAAAGGGUUAUUUCAACCCCACUAAUUUCAUCAGUUUUUUUUUUUGGAGCAAAGGUGUGUAAACUUUUCUGAGAUGGUCUAGUCCCCAAUUACUGCAUUGCUUCUAUGUCAUACACAAAUUUAAGAUUUUACCUCCAAAUUUAAAAAGCAGAGAGUCUAAUCCUAGGUUCUUGGCAAUGUGGUUAAAAUCAAAUGGGACGUAUUAGGAUGGAUGUGCUACUACUAAUUAUGCUACAAUAAUAUAUAUACGCAAGAGAAUGCUAAUCUGCAUAUGCACAUAGCCUAACAAAUGUUUUUUUUUUUUUUUUUAUCUUACUUAUGUAUUUAUUUAUUUAUUGCAUUAGACCAUUAACUCUUAAAUACAUUUAUGUAAAAAUUGUUACAUAUCAGAUAUAUUUGCAUGGACUGGUUUUUGUUUUUUUUGUUUUUUUCCUGUUUUGGUUUGGAUCACAAAAUGCUACCUUGAAAAUAAGUCAGAUUCUCUACCAUUACAUUUUAGAAACGAUUUCAGUUUUAUUUAAUUGUAAUACAUAAUCAAGAUAGGGUUUCUGCAAUAGCAAUAAAUACAUGAUGUCUCAGCGGAUACAUUUUAUUUCAAUACAUGGUUACAUUACAGAACUUUGAUUAUAGAACACUUCAUAAAGCAUAAUGUUUAUAGUAUUUUAUUGUAAAUAGUAUCCAGUGUUCCAGAUGUUAUUAUUAAGUUUAAGCUUUGCAAACACUGUAAUUAAGAAGUAUAACUUAACCCAAGAAAGAAGAAGAAGAUAUAAUUAUUAUUUUAUAUUGAAGUACUGUGUAUGAAAUAUGACAUUGAAGGUCAGGCAAUAUAUGUAAAGAGGGAGUAUUUAUUGGUUUACUUCCAAGCGGCUGUUGGUGUUCCUCUAAAUGCUAGCUUAUAAAAGUUACCAAUGAUGAUUAAAAAAACCAUAUACAGUAUAUAUAAAUAUGUUUUGAAACUGGCGGAGUGGUGAGUAAGAAUGUAAAUGUAAUGUUUAAUGUCGGAAUGCAUUUUAUAUUUAUAAUUAAAUCACUCUUAUUCUUUACAUUGGGUUCCACUUUCUAUGAGACCUUCCAAAAUGCUAAAGCGACCCUACACAUUUUGCCAAUUACGUGCUGUUAAUUAUUCACAACACAUUGUUCCAGUGAUUGAAGAACAGUGCCUUUUUACAUUUCCAGUGUACUUAGGAAUUGAUGCACCAUUUAAGGCAAGACUUCCAGAUUAACUUCCACUUGCCUCCCACUCUUUGGACCUGUCUUAUAGCAUACCAGCUACACAGCCUUCAAUUUGUGAUGCCCUUGUAAGUCUAAAGCAUGAUUCACACAAGACUAAAAAUCCAGUGUCCUCAGAGUUGGUCUAAAGCGGAGGAUGUCUAGUAACCUCCCAGACGUGGAUUAGUUUUUAUCAAUAAAAAUCGGUAAUUUCAAAAUGAAAUGUGAUGCUGUGGCCAGAGAAGGCACUGGAACCAGGUGUAAAUAACUAAUUUCAUUGUAACUUCUUUCCCAAAGGCUAGAAUAACCAUUUCGUCCCUUGAGUGAUAUGUAUUUCCAUACAUACAUUCAAAUACACUGUUCAAAGCAUCCAGUUGCCAAUUAUGUUUUGUGUUUUCCACCGAUUCCCAAUUUGGUUAUGUCCAAUCGUUGUGUUUUACUGAAUUGUAGAAUCUUGGGACAGAUCGUACCAAUUUUAAUAUUAUAUUAUUAUGAUUUAUUGUGAAGUCUGGUGUUGCUUUGAGGCAAAUGCCCCGGAAAUGCUGUAUCAAUUCUAACAUAACAGUGACAGUGUUGAUUUGCACAGGAGUAAAAAAAUUGAGUUUGAAAUUGUACAGAAGGUCCCGAUGUCCUGUAAAAAAAAAUGAACUGGGGUAAAAAGAAAUGGAUGGUUCGCACAGGAUUAAAUUUCACCAAUGUCGGUAAAAAUUCUAAAACCAAAUGUUUAUGUGGUGAUUGUUAGUCCUGUGCGAAUCGGGCUAAAGACAGCACAUUUUUGAUAAAUUAUUUAUCUAUUGCCUCUUUGCAAUAGACACCGUCUGGAAAAAAAAACUAAACCAAUAGGGUAGCACUACAUCCAUCACACCAUGAUUUCUUCUCUUUUUACAUAGCAUGCAGUCAGUCCAUUUUCAGAAAACAUCAACAGAAACCAUAGAGACAGUAUUCAAAAAAUGUAAAGAUAAAAACGAUUUUCAAGAUUCCGCUGAUUUGUUUAUUGCAUUUCCUUUUCAAAUUAUGUUAAUGUAGCACUAUCUAAAUGGUAAGGGCUUUCUGCAGCUUUAUGUUGACCACAAAGAAUGACAGCUUUAUAUAUAAUUUUGACAUGUACAUUGCUGAAAUCCAAGGAUUACACUAAUAUCCUUGGUCUUAAAACUUUAGAAAUAUGCUGAUAAGAGUUUCAGUAACUAUGAUCCACAUUUUUGAUGUACUGGAACUGGUCACAUCCUAUGUCGAAGCAGCACUAGAACUUUAAUGGACCCAUAUCACAUGAUUUGGUCCUGCCAAUCCGAAGUAAGAAGUAAUCAUCCUUGGAAGUUGUCAAGGUGACACAUCAUUUUCCGGUAUGGACAAGUAAUUGUUUUUCAUGUGUCUUAUGCAAAUUUACAGUAAUAGAGUCCAUAAAAAGCUGCACUUGGGAUGUAGACACUUGAAAUAUUAUGUAUAAAUAUAAAUGUAUAGAUAUUUAAAUUUUAACCUAUUGUAUGAACAUUUACUAUCAUGCGUAUAUAUAUAUAUAUAUAUAUAUAUAUAUAUAUAUAUAUAUAUAUAUAUAUAUAUAUAUAUAUAAAACAUUUAAAUUUAAAGAUUGUUUGUAUCAACCUGUUGGUACAUUUUGCACAUUAGCUGCAUAAUUUACACAAAAGUAGUUUGGUUUGUGCUAUGCAAGAACGGCUUUGAACCACUUUUUCUGUUCUUUUCUUAAUCAUUGUGUUUUAAUGAACCAUAUAUUGUAGACUGUGUAUCCUAGUUAGCUUCUAUACAUUGUUUUGCUAUGUAUUUAUUAGCAUUAAAUAGUAUUCCUUCAGCAAUGAUAUAUUUCAAUAGAGAAGUUGCUGUCACUCUUGGGUUCAUUGGGAAAUGACAAUGAAUGUUAAUUGCUCAGUUAUGCAGAGACAUGGCAAUAAAAGUAAAAUAAAUAAAUAAAAGGAGAAAUCGCUUACGACAUUUAUUGCAUUGCAGAGUUGAGAUAUAGCUAGAAAUUUCAAUUAUUUUAUUUCAAAGCAGCCAGAUUGCUUAGGCACAAGUGUUAUCACAUAAGCGAACCUGUAUAUUUUCGACUUGCCAGCCUAUGUAUAUCUCUGCUGUUCAUGACCAGAAUAAAUUUGGUACAUUUGACAGCAGCUAUUCUUCUUGGUAACGACUGAUUCGUAUUUUAUUGUUCUUGAUUACUAUUAUACGUCUGUACGUCAGUGUUCAUGCUUCACUCCAGAGUUGUGCCCUUUUUAUGUAACAUACAAGGCUAUUUCCAGAACUCCAGUAAAUAAUAGCUUAUAUUAUAGUUUCAAGAUUUUACACAUUCUGUAAUUGUUUUAUGCACCCUGUGGGAGCAGGGGCUUUUUGCAUUAGACUCAAAGUAAUGUUAAAAUUUGAACAAUGUUUAAUAAAUUCUCCAAAUGUAA